AUGUAUACUACUAUACUCCCUCAUUCUCUUUCAAAUUCCUUCAAAAUCCCGCAAUCACGGUUUUGGUUUGCUUUUCUGAAUCCUUCUACUUCAAACUUUCUCGAAUAUCUCAGGUGUAUGAUGACUCAACGAGGAGGAAAGUUAAGCCAUAGUGAUCCUGCAUUCCGGGAAUACAUAUACACCUCUUACAAGGACCUCAAAGAAGGCAAAGUCAAAGUCAAAUUUUCAGAAAAGAUUCUUAAAUGUCCUUAUUGUCGUGAGAGUAGAGAAUACACUUACAGUGAGGACCUCUGUAGGCAUGCAUCACGGAUCACAAGUGAAUCAAGAAGUGCUACUUAUAAAGAAAAGGCCAAGCAUAUGGGAUUGGUGGAGUUUCUAGUGAGAGAAUUUGAUACUAAAAUCAAGGAUAUAGAAUCAACAAGUGCUAAUUUGAAAGAAAAGGGGAAUCAUAAGGGACUGGAUGAGUUUCUAGAGAAAGACUUUGAUGCUAAAGUCAAGGAUUCGAAAUCAACGAGUAAAAGGAAAAGUUUUGAUUUAGAGGAGAAGAAUGACAUGUCAAGGGAAGAGGCAAUUGUUUGGCCAUGGGUGUGUGUGGUUGCUAACAUCCCAGUUCAAUACAAGGAUGGUAGGUAUACUGGUGAUAGUGGUAAAAAGCUAAAAGAUGAGUGGAUAAAUCAAGGGUACAAACCUACAAAAGUUCAUCCUCUAUGGAACAGGAGGGGUCACUCUGGAUUUGCUGUGGUUGAAUUUGCAAAAGAAAUGGAUGGAUUUGGUUAUGCUACAUUGUUUGUGAAGGAUUUUGAGGUGGAAAAACAUGGAAGGAAAGAUUGGUAUAAUAGCAAAAAGUGCAAAGAUGAUAAGCUCUAUGCUUGGAUUGCAAGGGAUGAAGAUUAUAACUCCAAUGGUCUUGUUGGAGAUUAUCUGAGAAAACAUGGUGACCUAAAGGCUGCUGUUUCUCAAGUUGAAAAAGAAGAUGAAGUAAAAGAUUGUAAGCUUCGUAUGGGAUUGAAUAAAAGGUUGGAAGAGACAGAGAAACAAAGUGAAGAAAUCAAGAGUGAAAUAAGUAGGACAGAUGAUUAUAUGGCUUCUGUUAGGAAGCAGAAUGAAAUGUUGAUGAAGGACUUAAAUAUGAUGGCUGAGAAAUACAAUAAAGCACAUGAGAUGAUGGGAAAGAAGGCGAAUGAACAGCUUAAAAAGAUUUCCAUUGAGCAUGAACAGAGCAAAUUACAGCUUGAAGAACGUGAAAAGGAACUGAGAGCACGUGAAGCUAGAAAUGAAAGUGAGCAAAAGAAGCUUGACAAUGAGAAGAAAAUGAAUGAAUUGGCGAUUUUGGAGCAGAAGAAAGCAGAUGAGAGAAUGUUGAAAUUGGGGGAUGAUCAUAAGAGAGAAAAAGAGAAACUUCACCAGAAGAUUAUUGAGCUUCAAAAGAAGCUUGAUGAUAAGCAACGACUGGAACUGGAGAUCAAACAGUUGAAAGGAGCCAUGGAAGUAAUGAAGCACAUGAGUGAUGAGGAUGCUGAAGCAAAGAAUAAACUGGAGUCGACUGAAAAAGAUCUGAAAGAAAAAGAAGAGGAACUUGAGGAUUUGGAAGAGCUUAAUCAAGCUUUGAUAAUCAAAGAAAGACUAAGCAAUGAUGAAUUACAGGAUGCUCGCAAAGAGUUGAUUUCUGAUUUGAAGGAAAUAUGUGGUUCUGGUCGAGCCCAUAUUGGUGUGAAAAGAAUGGGGGAUCUUGAUGCAAAGCCUUUCAUAGUUGAUGCUAAGAAACGUUGUUUAAGUCGAGAGGAUACAGUCAAGUUUUUGUCAAUGUGGGAGGAUCAUCUCAGGGAUCCAAGCUGGCAUCCAUUUAAGGUCAUCACCAUUAAUGGAGAUGAUUGCAAGGAAAUACUGGAUGAAGAAGAUGAAAAGAUUGCGAGGCUGAAGGCUGAAUGUGAUGAAGGCGUAUAUAAUGCGGUUGUGACAGCUCUAAAAGAGAUGAAUGAAUACAAUCCAAGUGGCAGGUAUCCAUUGCCUGAGCUUUGGAACAACAAACAGAACAGAAAGGCGAUAUUGAAAGAAGGUGUGGAGUUUCUGCUGAAACAAUGGAAAUUAUACAAACAGAAGAAACGAGGUUGAAGAGCAUGUCAGUUUAAAAAACCUAAAAUGAUUUAUGAUUGAU